ACAGGACUAGACGUGUGCCUGACGGAAGGUCCCGGUGCUUCGUCAUAUCUGCCGAUCGUACCUCGCCAGGGGAACCGCAUCCGCGUUCACCGAGUCGGGAUCUCGUAUCCGAGUGUGCGACACGAUUCGGCGGGUAGUCGAUGCCUCUGGUUCUCACUCACGGUCGAUUGCGUUCGUGCGGAUUUCACUUCGCGACGUGUCCCAGUCGUUUCGCGACGCGCGAACCUUGUUAUGGUGUACAAACGUAAAAAGCAACACAGGGGAGACACGCACUUGAAGAAAGGCUGGCGUACGAAACGGAGGAAAAAGGAUCUAGAUGAGAUUGAUGAGGACUUGAAGGAGCAGAAUGUCGAACAAUUGUUGAAUCAAGAAGUGGAUUUCGACAAACCGGGCUCGGCGCAGCACUACUGCAUACAUUGCGCGAGGUACUUCGUAAACGAAACCGCUCUCCAAACUCACUUCAACACCAAGGUGCAUAAACGACGACUGAAAGCGCUCGAGCUAGAGCCGUACAGCAUCGAAGAAUCGGAAAGAGCUGCGGGUAAAGGGAAUUACGUCGCACCGCAAAAGCGUAAAAUUGAGACUGUGACUAAGGACAGUCUUAACAAAAUUGACGCGGAUGUCGAGCCUGAUAUUAAGGCAAUAAAAUUAAAAGAAUAAAGUGCACUUGUCGUU